AUGGAGGAGAAUAGCACUGAGGUCUCAGAUGUUAUGUCUGAGAACGAAGACGAGACGGAAACUUUUCUUAAAGAAGAAGACGAGAAGAUGACCGACCAGAGCACUACCGAGGGCACCACGGAGGUCAAGAAGAAGUACGACCCCAAAGACCCUAUGCGCCCAAGGAGGAAAAAGGCGCGAAGGGCCUGCUUUGCAUGCCAAAGAGCUCAUCUGACUUGUGGAGAUGAGAGACCAUGCCAAAGGUGCAUUAAGCGUGGCCUUGCUGAUGCAUGCCAAGAUGGUGUGCGCAAGAAGGCUAAAUACCUCCAUGAUGCUCCUCCAGAAGCCCUGCGGCCUGUCCUUGGCCCAAAUUAUAACCCCAGUCCUAAUCCUACUCCCUCAAGGCCCAACGCUCAGCGCCAAAAUUCGAAUGCUAGUCAGUCAGAUAGUAUGUCUGCAACUGGCAGCAACUUCUUUUCUCAGGCGAGCACUACGACACUGCCGGUCUUUUCGACGGGGGCGCAGACUCCUGUAGGCAUUGAUAGUCUACCUUUCAACCCACAAACGUCUCCGACAUCCUUCCAGGCUCCGAUCAGCAAUGCGCACGCCCAAAUAAACAAUAUUAUACCUACCGGUAAUAUGGACUUCAACGCUUUAUUUGACCCCAGCAACCCUGCUCUAUACAAUUUUGACCUCGAAGGUCUGAAUUUCGGGAGUCAAUACGCCGGCUGGGAGUUUGGCAUCCUUAACAAAAUGGCCCUUGGAGCCGAGACACCUCCACGAGAGAACUCCCUGUCACAAACUCCAACCACCGAGGCCACUUAUGCAGCUCUCUUCGGAAAUGCAAAUGGCAACGGAAACGGCUUUGAUAAUCCCAUGCUAGGGGCCGACUUUUCGGGUAUGGACCAAAAUAACCAAUCUCUAUAUGCCCAGGGAAACCUCCAGCACGGACUACCCCAUGCUUAUGCUAUUGCAGCCGGGCCUACGAGUCUUGCCAGCCCAAGCACAGAUGCGACAGCCAGCCCCCAUUCUGUUGCGGGCUUGGAGAGCUCACCAGGCCAUAAUUUUGCUGGAAUCCCUACAGUUCCUGGCGCACAACGGCACAGACCGAAGAGUACUAAGCCGAAUCCCAAGUCGUAUCUUGGCAAGCGACAAAGAGACUCUGCCGCUAUCUACGAAAGUGUAAAAGAGCCGUAUCCUUACACAACCGGUUUCCACAACAUGGUGGCUGUCCUACGAAACCGGCUGCCCGGUAAUAAGCUACUACGAAUCGCUAAAGCCCUCGGGGAGAUCCGACCGUCUUUUAUAUCGUGUACCAAAGAUCUGACCCGUCAGGAUCUCAUUUUCAUGGAGAAGUGUUUUCAAAGAACGUUGGUAGAAUAUGAUGACUUUUUACAGCAUUGCUGCGCUCCGACCAUUGUCUGUCGAAGAUCGGGCGAGGUCGCUGCUGUCAACAAAGAGUUUAUCGCGUUGACAGGAUGGACAAAAGAGGUACUGCUCGGAAAGGAGCCAAACCUCAAUAUCAAUACCUACAGUGGGCGUUCAACCAAUGGGUCGAACACACCAGACAACAAUGCUCAGGGAGACAUGCCAACGCCCCGGCCUCAAAGAGCCGCCCUUGACAUGAGCGGCGGGCGGCCUCAGCCUGUUUUCCUGGGUGAAUUGCUGGAUGAUGACAGUGUGGUUGAGUUUUACCAAGAUUUUGCGGAAUUGGCUUUUGAGGACAGUCGCGGCAAGGUACAGAGAAGUUGCCGACUCAACAAGUAUCGAUCCUCUCAGAGCAUGGACAUCAAACCCGACCAUACUGCUCAGAAGGACGUACAGCCGAGCAUCCUCAGUAGCCGAGUCACGCGGAUUGACAGCGAGCACGGUAUAUCGAGGAUUGAGAGGGAUGGCAAGGUUGAGUGCACUUACUGUUGGACGAUCAAACGAGACGUCUUUGACAUUCCCAUGAUGAUUAUAAUGAAUUUCUUACCGAGAUAUUUACCAGACCAAGGACCCCAGCAACUGGCAGUUUAG